AUGAAAAAUGCACUGAGCGCAAGCUUUUCCCUUAUCACCGCAAACCUUGUGGCUGUAGUAAUUUUUCUGCUGUCCCUGACGUCCUUUUAUUUUUUUGCAAAGAAUAAAGAGGAUAAGACAAAAAAAUUAUUCCUCAUAUAUUCAAGGAAGCAUAAAUAUGAGGAGUUAGAUGAAGGGAGUAAAAAAGAUAUUGCUAGGAAAUAUUUUUUAGAUGGGAAAAGUCAUUCGUUGAUGCUGCAAAAAAUAAUAACAUUAACAAACACAGUGAAGAUAUUCAUUUUUUCAUAUCCUUAUGAGUAUGAUUAUUUUGGCCUUGGCAUAUGUAAACAUAUAAAAUUUAAGGGGGUAAAUAUAGAUGGCAAAAUAAAGGGACAAUGGAAUAAUAAUGAAGAUAAAGAAAAAGAUUUAAAAGAAAUAUUUAGAAGUUAUACACCUGUUUAUAUAGAUAAAAAGAAUAAACAUGUUCAUUUUAUUAUUCGUAUAUAUAAUCAAAACAAGAAUUAUAUAGAUGGUGGUAAAAUGAGCAUACAACUAAAUAAAUUGCAUUAUAAGGAUGAAAUAGAAAUUGCUGGUCCUUUUGGCUUAUUAGAAUAUAAAGGAAAUAAUGAAUUUUCUUAUCUAUCUAAAGUAGUAAAAAUAAAAAAACAUAUUGUUAUGAUUGCAGGAGGUACUGGCAUGACUCCUUUUUUUCGAUUAAUAAAUCAUUUACUUCUAACCAAGGGGACCGAAAAGAAAGAACAAUACCCCCCUUACAUAACUUUUAUCUACGCAAAUAGGAACGAGGAGGAAAUUCUGCUAAAACCAGUUUUUGAUGAAUAUGAUAAAGCCUUUGAAAAUUUCAAAAUAGUGUACAGCGUAGACGAAUGCUUAGACAGCAAAACAAAAGGGAUGUUUGAAAAUGUGGGAUACAUAAAUAAUGAAUUAUUAAAAAAGUAUGUAUUGAAAUAUGAAAAACUAGACCAACAUAUUAACAAGGAUGACACACUGAUUCUAUUGUGUGGGCCACCGCCGAUGACUACUUUUCUUAAAAAAAUAUUGAAGGAUCAAAUAAAAAUGGAAAAUAUUAUAACAUUAUGA